UCGCGCCUGUUGUGGCACGCCUUCCCUGCAGCUCUUGGGUUUUUCACGGUAUUUUGUGAUCUUCGCCUGCCGUGAUUUUCAAUAUGGGAAAGUUAGCUUUUAUAUCAGUGGUAAUAGCUGCCUUAUCUGUCUUUCUCGGAGAGAGGUUUGUCAACUUAAGGAAAAGGACCCUCGCCACUAGAGAGCUGUUCCAGAAUCACCUCCCUAACUGUGUUGCACUUAAAAAUAUUGAUUAUGGGUCAGAGGAUAUAACGAUCCUUGCAAACGGGCUUGCAUUCAUCAGCGCUGGUUUGAAGUACCCCGGAAUGCCUGCUCAUGAUGUUACAGGAAAGAUCCUCCUCCUUGAUCUGCAAGAUCCUCGGAUUAAACCAGUGGAGCUGCGCAUGCCGAGAAACUUUGAUCUGGACUCAUUCAAUCCUCAUGGCAUCAGUGUAUACACUGAUCCAAGUGAUGAUACAAUAUACCUGUUUGUCGUGAAUCAUCCUCAACACAAAAGCCAAGUAGAGUUAUUUAAAUUUGUUGAAGAAGAAUUAUCGCUGGUGCAUCUGAAAACCAUAAAACAUGAACUUCUCUACAGUGUUAACGACAUUGUCGCUGUAGGAGUGGAUAGCUUCUAUGCCACCAAUGAUCACUAUUUUUCCAGUGAAAUCCUUAAAGGUUUGGUCGAGCCUUUUCUGGCUCAGCCUUGGGGUAAUGUUGUGUACUACAGUCCUGAGGAAGUAAAAGUGGUCUCUGCGGGAUAUUACUUUACGAAUGGCAUCAAUAUCUCACCAGACAAAAGGCACAUAUAUGUGGUAGAUCUAUUUGAUCACAAUGUGCAUGUGUUGGAGCGGAAAGACGACAAUGCAUUGGCCUCUGUGAAGUCCGUCGCUGUGGGUUCACUCUGUGACAACGUUGAAGUUGACCCUGAAACUGGUGACCUGUGGUUAGGCUGUCAUCCUAAUGGAUGGAAAGCUUUCAUGUUUGACCCCCAGGAUCCACCUGGAUCAGAGGUCAUCCAAAUCCAGAACAUUCAUUCAGAGAAGCCGGUGGUGACUCAGGUGUAUGCUGACGAUGGUCAUGUGAUCAUGGCCUCCUCUGUAGCAGCUCCCUAUGGGGGAAAGGUGCUCAUUGGCACAGUGUUUCAUAAAGCGUUAUGCUGUGAUUUGAAGUAGGCUGUGACUCUUUAAUGUAUGAUUCUUAGAAAGCAGAAUAAUCUAAAUUUAAUCAAGUUAAG